CGUCUCUCCAGGCUACUACGCACAUCACUUUCCUUCCUACUCAUGUACUGUAUAACUCAACUCCGGAUUAUGUGUCCUGUCCGCAACGACCACACCUAGUAUGCUACCUAUACCAUUUGCAACUCUCAGAUAAUAUCUUGCUGUGUCUACUCUCCCAGAAAAUGGGCAACCCGACCGCUCCACCCCCGUCGUACGAAGAAACCAUCGCCGCUGGGCCAGUUACCCCUCAACCACCGCAACCUUCGACGGCUUCUCCGACCAACCCCCCCCUUCCUCUCCCCAGACCCAGCUCCGCUCGAACCACCUCCGAUGCAGGGGACAAUCGCAGCGUCAUGCUGGACCCCAUCCUCAGCGAAGACCCGUCCGCCCUCCACGCGUUGAUCGUGCGCCAAGCCCGGACCCCUCCGCGACCGUAUCUGACCGUCCGCGGCUCCCACACCGAGACCCGCGAGGAGUCAAACGAUACCACCGACAGCAACAACACCAAUAACAACAAGAGCACGCGGAACGAGACAGUCGUCGACUUCGACUUCAAGAUCGAUCUCUACAAGUACAUGGUCCGCGACUACGACGCGGUGCCCGAUUAUGAGGACGAGGUCGACGCGGCUCCAAACGAGGAAGAGGAUCGCGACGGCUGGCGGGUGUGCAGUGUGGUCCGCGAUGGGGACGGGCAGGAGGCGUAUCGCGGCGGUCGCUCCCGGUCGGCUACCUGGGCCGGUCACACCCGUCGAUCUGGCGGAGGGCAUGUGGAGGAUGCGUCGGAGGGGGAGAUUGUGGGUCUGGUGGGCGAAGACGGCGAGGAACCUGGGUUGAUGGGCUGGUGUGACCGGUUCUGUCUGGAUCCCGGGCCGGUCAAGUCGUUUCGCUUCACGAGGAGCAUUGUCGGCUUCGACGUCGCCACCCUCCGCUCCCUCCUUAUCUCCCACCUCCGCAACCUCAACUAUCACGGCAAUAUCGAUAUCUCCAUCACCCUCGCCAAUAAGAAGCUGACGAUCUACUCGCCGCACUGGAUCAACGAGCUGCGCAAUAACUCCUUCGCCUACUGGUUCUGCAUCAUCCUGCAGCUCUGGAUCAUCACCUGGCCGGUCAUUUGGUUCCUCGAGCAUCGCUACGACGUCGUCCGCGCGGUGUGGUACUUCUCCCGCGUCCGGGGGUCGCAGACGGUCUAUGCGUGUCAUCGGGAUGAGGCUGCCAUCGCGAAGGAGCUGGCGCCCAUCGUCACGCAGGCGGCGUGGGAGCGACGGAGGAAUGGGAAGAUGCUGACGGCACACGAGAUGGAUCUGCUACGGCAGUUGGGAACGGAAGGGAGCCAACGUCGCGUGGUUAUGGUGUCUUGGGAUCACAUUGGUGGGUGGGGGAGAGACUCCUAACCAUCAGGAGCAUGAUUGACUUUUGUCGACGAUACCCUAUUUGGUACUUUUGGUUUGUGCGUCGUUUGGAGCAGUAAUACAAUUUAAGACUAAUGACCAUUGAUGAAUUGAUGUUUGCUUGAUUGUGGUUCUUGGUUUUUCUGAGCGACCGCCUACAAUCAUCCACUGUGCAUCGGCCGAGUUUCUCAGACUCCCAACUGAUCUGAUCUAACCGAGGUUCGCGAUUUGCCGUUGGUCACUCCAAGCGAGCCCGCCAAGAAGUAUGUCAUCUCGCUUAACAUUGGAUCUCGUGAGCGUCCGC